AUGGUCGGGUCGAACCGCAGGAUCUCCCGGGGCCGAUCUCGGAAAGGUUGUAUAACCUGCAAGUACGUUCGAGGCCCGCCUGACUUGACCCGGCAUACUGACAAGUCCAGAAUACGCAGAGUGAAAUGUGACGAGGGAAAGCCUACCUGCCAGAGGUGUACUUCCACCGGUCGAAAAUGUGACUACGAGGAUGUCGCGGACCCACCAAAGGUCGAUCUCCAAGAUCUGCAAAUCGUGCAGCACAUCCCUGGCAUAACAAAGCCGAUGAAAAUGUGGAGAGUACCUCAGUCGGACGGGUGUAUACCUGAAACCGAAUAUCGAGCGCUGGAAUUCUUUCAGCUUCACACCACACUCUGCUUCGGAAAGGAUACUGGGCUACAUCUCUUGCAGGCCGCCUACCAUGAACCCAUUAUCCGAACUAUGGCUAUUGCAAUUGGUUCCCUUCACCGCUCAUUUGUGCAUAAUGAGAAAGGGUUGACGACCCGCGAGGAGACCCAGUUCACACUGCAACAUUAUAACAAAGCUAUUCGACAACUAGUCGCGAUUGACCCGCGGACCUCGCACCAAUCAAAUGACAUGUUUUUGAUUGCCUGCAUAUCAUUUUAUUGUUUUGAGUGUCUUCAGGGCCACUAUAAGCUUGCUGUGCAACAUGGCAUCUCUGGUCUGAAAAUCAUCAAGCAACAGCAGUUGUUGGCAACUGGUCAAAGUUUUCCAAGAUACAUGCCACGAGAGACAGUCACAGUUCUGUUCGCUAUUCUCGAGAACCAGAUACUUGAAGUUGAAGGAGAAUCCUCAUUUGCAGAGGAUAUGCGACCGGCACUCUACUCAUCAUUCAAUACCCCCACUUUUGACUCAUCGCGCCCUCCAUCAAACAUAGAUGAGAUGCGGGCCUCUUUUGAGUUACUAUAUCACAGAUUAACACGCUUCUUGUCGGUCUGCGAGGUACUAGAGGUGGAGUUAAAUGACUCCUCAUUUGAGUUUGUGGCACAAAUCCAACAUCUCAAAGAAGAGCAUAUGCAGGUUCGCAGUGAUCUAAAUGCGUGGGUCGUUGCAUUCGAAACAUGGCUCAAUGCCGGCAGUGCAGAAAUUGAUGAGGAACCGUACAGUGUUGCUAUCUUGAAGAUUUGGAGGUUUACCAUUUCCAUCAUGCUUGCGUUGGAAUGGCCCAGUUCGGAGCUCUCGUGGGAUAAACACAUCGACGAAUUCGCCCUUAUCGUCUCGCUGGUUUCGGAGGUGCUGGGUGUCCCUCCCACACGCGACCAAGGUGGUUCCAAUAAUAUCUCAGAGCAUCAUGUUCCGCCGCCUGUACAAGAUUCUGUAUCACCUCUCCCCUUGCUCCGACCGAGGCCGUCCAAAACGCAAGCCUCAACAUUUUCUAUGUCUCUCGGAAUCGUCACGCCCCUAUAUCUAUGUGCUACUCGGUGUCGAGAAUCAUUUAUCAGACACCGUGCCAUCGAUUUAAUAUCCACCUGUCAUCGAAGAGAGGGACUCUGGGAUUCGGAGCUUGCCGGGCGUAUCACCAGACGGAUUGUUUCUAUAGAAGAAGCAGCGGCCGGAAUUCAGCCUGGAGCUCAUUACACAUCGGCUGAUAUAGGAUUCGCUUCUCGUGUCAGGUCGCUAAAUCCUCAGUAUGGGCAGGAGAAUGGGAUCAAGAUACGGUAUAAUUGGGAAGGCGAUAGCUCACCCCCCAUAGAAGAAUUUUUUACUUGGUGA